AUGCCAUCAAGUGUGGCUGAAAGUUCUUCCAGUGAACGUUCAAGAAGCAGUGAUAGCAGUGUUCCCUUUCGCUAUCGUAAGCGCGCUGAUUCACCCGCUUCCUCUAAGUCUACCUCAAAAUCCCCCAGAAGGCCUCAUAGUCGACGGAGAUCUCGAGAGGUGGAUUCUCCAUCUGAUUCUUUGGAAAGGCGGCCUGAGCGGCGAAGGACUAGGUCACCGGCAGAAAGCAGAUCUCUUGCUAAAGGUGAUAAGUCGCCUCCAAAAAGAUUUCGGUCUCCAACCGGUAGAAGAAGAUCAUCGUCCAGGAGUCGACAAAGAAGCAUCUCACCUGUACGUAAGCGUCGUCGCAGCUCCGAUAGAAGCCACGACAGAUCGCGGUCGAGAUCUCCUAGAAGAAAAGACCUUCGAAACAAUUCACGUUCGAGAUCAAGAUCACGAAGUCCUGCAAGAGAUUCGCACAGAAAUAGCCGCAAUUAUGCCUCGCCUCGACGCGAAAGACGGCGGAGCCCGCUAAGUGAUGACCGAUAUAAACGCGGCCGCUCAAUAACCCCACCUCGUAGGAGGGAAAGAUCACGAUCUCGCUCUCGUUCUCGACAACGUUCAAGAUCCCCUCUCGCUUCAAGGGAUUCUUACGUUAACAGAAAUCUUUCACCGAGGGAAAGGAGAUGGGAAUCACGUUACAGCCCUCGCAACGAUGAUCGGAGGCCACAAAGCGGAUCUCGUUCGCCAUCACCAAAAAGACGCAACAUAAGAAAAAGAUCAGUCACGCGAUCAAGGUCUCGUUCACGCAGUCCAACAACAGCCAGGAAUACUUUCAUAAAGAAACGUAGAGAUCGCCGACUAAGAGUCAUGGAACAAGGCGCUUUCGAGGUUUGGGGUCAAUCACCCACUCAGACUGAUAUUGAGAAGGUCUAUGCAUCCUACCACGAACUCGAUGAGUCCAGACGACAAGAAGCGGAAAAAGGCGAGAAGCUGCGAGCUGAAAGACAUGCGGUGAAGAAGGUUGAGGAAAAGAAGCGUCGUGCUGGCCUCAUGAAAGAUGGAGUUGAGCUUUCUGAGUCCGCAGAAGAGAGUGAUUCGGAGAAAGCGAAGAAGAAAAAGAAGAAGAAGGAAAAGAAAUCGAAGAAGGAGAAAAAGGAGAAGAAGAAGGACAAAAAGAAGAAGAAAGCGAAGAAGCACAAAAAUAGCGAUGAUGAUGACAGUGAGGAGUGGGUGGAAGUUACGCAUGAUAUGCGUAUGGAGGAAGCAGCCAGAGAGGCUCGAGAAGAGCAGGAAAUGCCCGGACCCGCUCUCCCCGAGCAUUUGAGUGCAAGAAAUCAACUCGGACUCAAUAUCAAAGCCAACUAUGGCAAGGACAUGCUCAAGGGUGAAGCAGCUGCGAUGGCUGCAUACGCUGCGAGAGGAGAGCGUAUUCCUAGAAGAGGUGAAAUUGGUCUUUCUUCUGCUGAGAUCAGUGAGUUUGAGAAGGUAGGAUAUGUGAUGAGUGGUACAAGACACAAAGCAAUGGAAGCUACUCGGUUACGAAAGGAGAAUCAGGUACUGACUGCCGAGGAAAAGAGGCUUUUGUCGGGCUUUUCACAAGAAGAACGCAAGAAGAAAGAAGCUGCCAUGCUGGAGCAAAUGCGCAGUUUGAUAGCAUCAAAAAGAGCAGAAUGAGAUAAUUGUAUCAUGCAAAUAAUAAAGUUUCACCUCAG